ACGUUAUGUAUGUGUUUGUUAUUUAAGUUAUAUUUUAUGAUUACAACAAAUUAUCUUUGCCAAAGAGACACUUUUCUCUUUCACCAGCUUUUCUCGAAAUUUUCAACAAGGAAAAUAAGCAUCAACCAUUUCAGCCUGAUUAAAAAUCCAAUUAAAAGUGUAAUUAGUGUUGUAGUGAAGUAACAACUAUCCUGCAAUUUGCCGCAAAAAUGAAGCACCUCAUCAUAAUGCUCCUAACAGUUUCCGCAAUAAAUGGUGCCGUACGUAUGAAAGACGACUGGGUCGACCCCCACGAUAUGAACACAAACAUGAAAGAAAAAUAUUUCCCAAAACUGAAAAAAUCUACAGGCUCGUCCUCGGGCAAUGACAUUGGGGAAUUUAGGGAUCCAAUGCCUGAUAUAUACAUGACACAUCUUAAAAGAGUAGUGAGUGUAAUAAUGAAUUCCGCUUAUGUUGAUAAAAGAGACUUGGAUGUCUAUUAUGGUCAUAUUCGGUUUGAUAUGCAUCCUAGUGACUAUGAGUUUUUGGUUAAUUUUGCCAAAAAUGAACUUACAUUGGAUAAUUUGAGAAAACUCGAUGCAACUUUGAAUAAUAGCUUCAAACAGUCGAAUACUGAUAAAUAUCUGGAUAUAUUAGAGACGUUCCAAUUGAAAUUAUACUCUUUGGUAAUGAAUGUACAAAACUUGUCGAUACUAGGCGCUUUAUUCGGUCUAUACUUUGUUUAUCAAUUGUUUAAGAAUAAUUUUUCUCUCACUUAUAUUUUCAAAUAUUUAAUCAUUUUGGUUCUGAUUAUCGAUUUUGGAUGUAGGUAUCACCAUUUAGUUGAGGAAUCUGACAAAUAUAAUUUAGGGGUAGUGUACUCGCCUCAAUGUGACACUGGCAAAAUGUCUUGGUCUCAAUAUUCAAAAUUUGUGUUUGGAUCUACAGAUUGUGAAAAGAAGACUGUAACUCCUUUAGAUGCUCUUCUAUUCCAAAUUAAAAACCUUAUCAUAAUCCCCAUGCAGGCAUUUGGAACAGGAAUGGGUGGAUUUGGAAAAAAUAUGUUUACCUCCCUGCCAUGGGGUCUCAACAUAAUCCUCGGGCCCAUUAUGCUAAUUUUUACCUUGAUACUUCUCUUAUUCUGCAUGACAAUUUUCACUGGCCAGGCAAUUGAAUUCAAUAUUUUCCACAUAUUCAAAUUUAAAUUUGGAGGAGGGACAGAAAAAGGAAAUAGGCCCCUGGUGCAGAAUCUACACUUGGGCUUGCAACCUAGGGGGAAUCGAAAAAGCAUCAAUAAAAAGGAAGCGACUCCAAAGAAGGCAAUCACCACCAAGCAAGUUUUUAAAAAAACUCCUAACCCAGAACAAGAGAGCCACAGUGGGAAAAUUAAAAUAAAUAAAAACAAAAUAGAAGAAGUAAAUGAUGAGAAUUUAAGUGCAAAUCCAUCUGAUGAUACAUUUUUAGAGCAGUUGAGUAAAAUUUUGGAUAAAACUGAAGAUAUUUCUAUGUCUAGUGGCAAUGAUAAAUCCGUGGAUAAAUCUAAUGAAAGUACAGGCAGGACAAAGGCAGAUACUUUAAAAUAAGAUUUUUUUUUUGUUAAAUAUACUUUUAACAUCUCAAUUUUCAAGAAGAUGCGGACUUGCUUGAAUUAAAAAAAAAAAGACUGGAUUUUAUUAUCUGAAAUUUUUUUUUGUCAAUAUUUGUGUUUGUAAUAUGCAAAAACUUUUUUUUAAAGUCAAUAAUAGCAUUGUAUAAUAGUUAGAUCUGCUAAAUAUUUUUAAUCAACUCCUCCCCAGCUUUACUUCCAUUUUUGAACAUACGAAUUUUUGCUUUCAUUACAAUAAAGCUCUACUUAUUUUAAAACUUGAGGCUUUAAUUGUCAAUUUGAUAUCAAAUGUUAUUAGUGAUAGGUAUAUAUUAAUAUUUUCUUCCUAGUUAUUUAUCUGCAGAUCUGUUUUUUUUAAUUUGCAUGUAGGAAUACUUUUGUGAAUUCAUUCUCUUCUAUAGGUGAAUGAAUAAAUACAUUUUUUGUUGUCUUUUUAUGUAACAACUUUUUUAUACUAAUAUUUGGAAAUGUUUACAUUAAAUUUAUUUUUAAAUAUAUUAUUUGUUUUAUAUGAUUGAUUUCAA